CUAGGACAUCCCAGAUUUAGACCGGUCGGGGAGAGCUCAGAGCGCACAGGAUUUGACAGAUGUUCGAAUCGGAUAAACUGCACCGCAAAGAGAGAAUUGGGGAGCAUUUCAGAUUUACAUAGUGGUAGCCUAUAUGCGACAAAAUGUCAGGACAAAAGAGUGCGAAUCCGUGUAAUAAAUUCCAAGCGAACAUUUUUUAUAAAAGUAAAUGUCAGAACUGCUUCAAGUCUCGGGAGCUGCAUCUUCCAACUGAUCAUGGUAAGGACCAGGCCAAACCCGUCUAUGGAGGCUGGCUCUGCUUGGCUGCUGAGGGGACAGACUUUGACAAUCCAAUUCAGAGGUCAAGGAAAUGGCAGCGACGAUUCUUCAUCCUGUAUGAACAUGGCAGCAUGAGCUUUGCACUGGACGAGUUGACAAGCACUCUGCCACAAGGAACAGUGAACAUGAAUCUGUGUACAGCGGUGAUUGACGCAGAGCCUAAGACAGGCCAGAGGAACGCUUUGUGCAUCAUCACACCUGAACAGGAGUUCUUUAUCCGGGGGGAGAACAAGGAGAUCAUCAAUGGCUGGAGUGAACAACUAGUCGUUUACCCACGGACAUAUAAGCAGAAUCAGAAGAAGAAACGUAAAGUAGAACCCACUACUUCCCAGGAGCCCAGCCCAGCAAAGAUGGCUGCCACUGAGCCCAGUUUCUCAGUCAUGACAAGUGGUGACCCUCGCUCCAGCCCGUGGCAGGGAGAGCAGCCCAGUGGGGAUCCGGAUGUGGCCCCUGUCUGGACUGUGACAGAUUCUGAUCCCCUGGGCCUGGACGAGACCCCUGCAGGUCAUGAUCCCCACUACCUCCCUUCAUCCUCCAGUGACCCCCUGACCUUUGACGGUAGUCUGCGGCUCUCCAACGGCUCCUGUAUCAGUAGCUCUGUGAGUUCCCUGGACUCUGUGGCUAGCGAGGGGACUAACACCAGCAGCGACAGCCAGCCCACAGAGUCUACGCCAUACAGAGACCACCCACCUGCCAACAAGAACAACAGGGCAGAGAGAAGCUGCUACAAUGAGCCAGGGAAGGCUGGGAGGAGUGCUGUGGGAGAGGACCUGGGUCAGGCUGGAUCCAGGAAGGGGAGGAGUGAAGCUCGCAGCAACCAGAGAGAGAAACUGCAGUCGUGUGGAGAUCUAAGCCCAGGUCAACUCACCGUCCCUCCUCCUCAGAGAAGAGCUAAGUCACUGGACCGCAGGACCUCGGAGUCGGUCAUGACUCCUGAUUUGCUGAACUUCAAGAAAGGGUGGAUAAUGAAACUGGAUAAGGAGGAUCAGUGGAGGAAAUACUGGUUUGUGCUAUCAGCUGACAGUCUGAGGUACUACAAGGAUUCCUUCGCAGAGGAGAACUCAGAUCUGGAGGGGGAGAUUGACUUGACCAAGUGUCAUAAUGUCUCAGAGUACCAGGUCCAGAGGAACUACGGCUUUCAGAUCCAUACCCAGAAGUGUGUCUUUACUCUGUCAGCCAUGACUGCAGGGAUACGGAGAAACUGGAUCCAGGCCCUCAUGAAGAAUGUCCAUCCAUCUAACGCUCCUGAUGUAGCCAGCAGCUUGCCAGUCCAUCGCAUCCCUUGCAGCCCAUCAGAGUCACUGCCCCUCCCUAAGCCAGAUGUGACCCAGGACUCCUCCCUCUUCUCUGAGGUCCCUACAGAGAGAGUCCAGGGGCCCAAACAGAGCCGCAUCCGUGAGAGGAGACGCGAAGGGCGCUCCAAGACCUUUGACUGGGCUGAGUUCAGCCCUAUGGCCCUGCUAGCCUCUGAGCAGGAGGUGCAACAGGAGACAAAGGAGCCUCUUCGGAUGGAGGUAGGGGACCUGGAGAGGAAGAGGAGGCGAGAAGAGAGGAGGAGGAGGUAUGACAGCAUGCUAGGCUCCCUUGUGGGCUGGGAGAUGGACUGUGACAGAGGAGGUAUCAGUCCCAGGUCACCCAGGACUCACCAGAGGGUGCAGAGGGAGAUUGAACAGUGCUGGCAGCAGGUGGAAAGGACUGCCUUUAGACAGGAGAAGAAUGUUCCAUUGUACACUGAGUCCCAGGGCAAGGAUAAAGAGGAUAUGGGGAUUCUACUGGAGACCUACCACAGGAGGGUAGAGGAGUUGAAGGGCCAGUUGGCAGAGUCAGACCAUCGCAGGCUUGAGCUGGAGGCUCAGUUGAGCACUGCAUUAGGACGCCAGCAUCAUGCCUCCCUGCCGCUUGAGGCCCCAAUCUGUCCAGAAGCUGAUCUUCCCUCUUUGAAAAGCCUGACUGACAUGUACAGGGAGACCAGAGAGCUCCUCCAGCAACAGGAGCUGAAGAGACAAAACAUACAGGAGCAGCUCCAGGAGCAGCUUGGCCUGUCCCUGUCAUCGGCCCCUCUGGAGAAACACAGCUCCCCUGGAACUCACCCAUCACCACCACCCAGCAUCUGGCUGCAUGACACCGAGGGAAACCUCCAGGAGCAGCUUGGCCUUUCCCUGUCAUCGGCCCCUCUGGAGAAGCACAGCUCCCCUGGAACUCACCCAUCACCACCACCCAGCAUCUGGCUUCAUGACACCGAGGGAAAACUCCAGGAGCUGGAGGAUCUGUUCCCUGACUGCCCUAUAUCAGUAAACACACCUGUCAUGUCACCAACCUCAGAAACAGAACUCUCAUCUUACUCUGUGCCUCAGAAUGGAAGUGAGAACAGAGGGCCAAACUUGGGCAGUGAAACUAGCUCUCAGACACAGUUUGAAAAUGGAAGCCAUCAACAGACAUCGAUUCUAGAAUCGCACACAAAAAGUUGUGCAUGGAGCCCAGAUUCACUGAGCAUGGGAGAAACUCAGGAAAGAGCCAACAGCGUGAGAAUAGACAACAUACUAUGUUGUGAGACACCCAGGCCCACGGAGGAGGAGUACGUAGACCCAGACCAGGCCAUCGUGAUGAGGAGACUAUCCCAGGAGGUAGAGCUGCUCAGCAGCCAGAACGAGGCCCUCAACCAGCGCAACCAGGAGAUGCUCAACCAGCUGACAGAGGCAGACAGAGAGAUAGAGAGACUGAAAGCAGAGCUUAUCACUCAGUACAGUGGGCCUCAGUUCCUCCCUGAGGCAGAGCAGCACAGCCAGACCAAAGUGGAAGGCCUGGAGAAGGAGCUGCGCAGGAGAGAUGAGCAGCUCCAGGAGGCUCAGUCCCUACUAGCCUCAAUGGACCAGCGUCUAACGGAGACAGAGGUACAGCUGCAGCUCAGGGAGGACACUUUCAAAGACAUGGGCUUCCCAGCAGAAGAGGAUGAUGAUGAAGAGGAGGAAGCUGGGGAAGAGAAUGUCAACACACACCACCUUGGAGAGAAGGAGCGGGAACACCUUCAACAGUGUCUGCAGGCCAUGGAGGCCAAGCAAUUAGAUCUAGAGAGACAGCUCCAGCACACAGAACAGACCUGCAGGGAGCUGCAGGCCCACAACACACAACUCAGAGAGGCUGAGCGGUUGUACAGCCAGAGAGCCAUGGAGGCAGAGGCUGACAUCGUAAGGUUUAAUGAGGAAGUAGAGAAGGAAAGGACGGUGGAGAAAGAAAGUGGAUUAAGGUGUAGCAGUGAAGGCAAAUGGCAGGAGGAGGUAAUAUUGGAUUCGGGUGAAGAAAGGGUUCAGCAAGUGGUGGAAGGGAUAAGGUUGAUGUCCAGAACCUUAGGGAGAGUAGUGCAGGUGAUUGACAGGUCAGAUAUGGAUGUGGUAAAGAUGCCAUUAGAUAGAAAGUGUGUGGAGGUGAACAAGACAGUGGUCAGGCAGCUUCAGUUAGAGGAGGAGUUUUGGGAAAGGCUGUUGAACAGUUUGAAGGUCAACCCAUCCCAGUCCAAUGAGGAUAAACUCACAGAUGUGAUUCUAAGUCAGAUUUUAGAACACAUGGUAGUGGAAAAGCAAACGCUCCUCCUAGCUCAUAGUCUUUUUUCUCAUGAUAAGAAAGAUUUAAACAUAAACACUGGAGGCCUGGACAGGAUGAAUGGGUGCAGGUCUUUGAGAGACCUGGACAUCAUUGGAAACAUAGCAGGUGAAACAGUUUCAGAAAUGAAAGAGGAAGAUGAUGAUGAGAGGAUAUGGAAUGUGUACAACCAGCAUAAUGACACCGAUGACUUCAUAAGCCGACAUUUCACAGAGAUCACACAGGAGAGAAUUUUCCUGCUCAACCAAAUCGCCUCCUCAGUCAGAGCCUCGGCCAAUGACGAGCUCCAGUCCCUGGCACAAAGACUUUGUCAUUUCCACAAUGUAAAUGAGCCCCGGUUAGCUUCCAUACACUGCACCGCCAUGGAAGCCUUCUCAUCCUAUCGUCUCAGUAGGCUUAACACUCUACACAAGAGCCAAUUUCAAGAGACUCAACAGGAACUGCUCAUUGCUUCUUCUCCUUUGAUGUGCAGCAGAUGUGCUGGGCUGCUGAGUGAAAACCAUCAGCUUAGGGCCAGACGGUCAGACCUGGAGAGACAGGGGAGUUCCUCAGUGGGAUUAGGGUUGACCACCCUGAGGCAGGGAGAACACAUAGACUCACAGCAAACAGCCACACAGCUACUAGACACUGCAAGUGAUCAGAAGACAGAGACGCCUGCAAUGAAUGCUGCAGGUAAAAUGGAGGUGGAAAGCCCAACCCAGGGAGUGACUGCAGUAGAGGAAGUGUGCUGGGUUAGAAGGUGUGCAGAAGUGGUGGAGGGUGACUUCCUGACCAACAGCAUUGAUAGUCCAAUGAUAAAGGUAGAGGGUAGGGUAGAUGAGGUAGAGAAAGGAAUCAAGGAAGUUGAUUCUGAUAAGAAUGUAGAGGAGAAAAGCACUACUGAACCCCAUGAAGAAGCAAACACGCUGGGGGAGGAGGAGCUGGAGAUUGUGUUAUCAUCACUGAGAGGUCGUGUGAAGGAUUUGGAGGAGCAGCUGUCUGUCAUGGCCAACAUGAAAGCAGAGCAUGAUGGGAGAAUGGCAUCUCUCCAGCUGAAACAUAAGGAGGACAUAGAAAAGCUAAAGGCCACAUAUGAGCAUGGCUUUGUCACCAUGGAGGAGUCCCAGCAGAGGAUCGUGGGGGAACUGCAGCACAGACACCAGCAGGACCUGCAGCGCCUGCAGUUAGACACAGACAGACUGCUGGAGGAGGAGACGGCUGCUACUAUCACAGCAAUUGAAGCAAUGAAGAACGCUCACCGUGCCGAACUCAAGAGAGAGAUACAGAGGGCAUGCCAUGAAAACAACAAUGCAGGAGACGUGAAUCUUGGAGAAAUAUGCAGGCAACACAGUGAGGGGCUGGCCUCCUGUCACAGGGAGCUGGAGGUGUUGUCCCAGCAGUACUCUCUAAAGUGUCUGGAGAGCUCCCACCUGGGCCAGGCCCUGGAGGCAGAGAGACAGGCUCUGUGUCAGUGUCAGCAGGAGAACCAGGACCUCAGAACUCGCAACCAGGAGCUGAGUGGCCAUCUAGCUGCAGAGAUCACCAGACUUUGCUCUCUGGCCAAGCAGGACGCCUUCCCUCUUAGUCAGGAGAGAGAUGUGUAUGAGCUGGAGAUCUCCCUGCGUGUGAAGGAGUCAGAGGUGCAGGGCCUCAAGCAAAAGAUCACCUCGCUCAAGGAUGAACUCCAGACAGCCCACAGGGAUAAGAGGUAUGCAACAGAGACGUACAAGGACAUCUACACAGAGCUAAGCAUCAUGAGGGCCAAGGCAGAGAGAGACCUGGGACAUCUCAGGGAGAACCUGCGGUUGGCCCACAAAGCACUAGGAGAGCUCUCACCUGCAGUGAACACAGAUAAAAAUGAGUGUCAAGGAAGAUAACUGCAGCUGAAGAAAGAGACACAACGCACAACAUGGAUUGUUCAUCGUGCUAUCCAUGUUUACCAUUUAGCACUUAGAGAUCCAAAGUUAUAUUGUCAAACAUUUUAUGUCCUAUCUACCGUUUCUGUAUUACAGAAUUUUAAAAGCGCAUUAUUUGAGGAUUCUGUAUUUUUACAUCAUUGUAUCUAAACGCACACUACUAUUUAGCCUGUCUACGUUUGUAGAUAGGCUAGACAUUUUGUAGACGUUUUCCUGACGAUUAACAUUUAUCUCAAGACGUUUGUAAAAUGUGUAGAAUUAUUACACUGCUAUGUCCAAUCCAGUUAUUGAACGGGGAUAUUUCUAAAGAGAACUCAGAUUAAGCUUGCUUUUCUUACCUGUGAAAUACAUGAAAAAAUUAUGUAUGUACCGUCUGAGUCUAUAAUGUAAAAGUAUUAUUUGUUUGUGAGUGGGUGGUUUUAUUUGGAGGCGUUUAUCUUGGUCCUGCUAGUACACAUUUUGAUGUUCUUUAUUCAUGUCAAGUAAUCUAAUGAUAAAUUAAAUAAUUGUGUGACCUUUUAUCAGUCUGCUACUGAAUAAUCAUCACAUAAUCAAAUCAUCAGAGGACAGGGAAAUAUACAACAUAUUCUAUGAA